UCAAGAUGGCGGAUGAUGGUAAAAAUGAAAAUGACGACGAAAUUUUGGAGGAUUGGGAAGAUUUAGAAGACACAGGGGAACUUGACAAGAGGCUUGAGGAAUUAAGGUCUACUGCUGAUAAAGAUGAGACAAACAGGAGGACUUCUGGUAGUGGGCCGGUUGUUGAGGACAGUACGAGAACACAGUAUCAGCCACAAGUAAAAAUAUUAAAAAGACAAGUCAAUGAGAAUGGUUAUCAAGGUGCUGAGAACAGAAAAGUACAAGUCAAAUCACUUGAAGAAAGACAAGCAGAGUAUGCCAAGGCGCGAGAGCGGAUCUUGGGGCCUGAAUAUGGCAGUGAAGAAAGUGAUAGUUCACCAUCCGAAUCCCAGUCAACCCAAACACAGUCAGUGAUGCAGAGAUAGCCAGCGGUCAACAGAAAUACAAAUAAACAUUUUCAUCAUCAUCAUCAUCAUUAUUAGUUUUAGAGUCUCGUGGCCAAUUUGACCUUCGGCUUGUCGUGUGUAACAAUUUAUAACAAAAAAACGUGUGCGCUUUAAUGGGUGUAGACGGGAAUUCAUAACUUUCUCGAUAAGACUAUAAUUUGGACAGUGUCUGUCGAUGUGACCAUCAUUCAAUGAUUAUAAACCAUAUCUGCAGUUGUAAACAUGAGCAGGGCAUCGGUGACAACUUCUUACUAAUCCAUGUUUGUGACUGCAACACUUGGACAGCCUACAUGGUCAAGGUUAACAGGGAAGGGCCAAAAGGUGUUUACAGACAUAGAGCCUUACUCUUAACACCUUCACGAGGAUCUGAGGGGGUGGGGUGUUGGGGAGUGAAACAACGGCCGUGAAGGUGUUAACAACCAUGCAUAAUAAUAAUUGAGAGUUUGAGGUUAACGACUUAUCAAGCACAGGUGUGGAGCCUCAACUUUGGAACCAUACAAACAUGUUCUAGUCAAACCACUUGGGCAAUAAUACAUGUGAGCCUGUUGAAAUCAUUUCACCUUGACCUGUUCCAAAAUAGAGAGGACUAUUGAUCAUUGCUUUGCUUUUCUAAGUGCUACUUGAAAGUUUUUUUGCAUUAAAGAAUAUUUCACUAGAAAACCUUGUAGAUAUGCUACCGGAUCAAAAGUGUGUGGUAUAUUUUGUGUAUAGAUACAUUGUGUAAAUAGAUGAAUUGU